CAUACUAUUGCAUCGAGACCAGAUGCGAUAAUGAGGAUGAUUUGCCGAAGGUCUAGGUAACGAUCCAUCCACAAAAGCAAUCUUGUUCUUAGCCUCUAGAGCAAUAGUGAUAGCUAAAUUACAGGUGUUAAAGUUCGAUCCAUCGAGUACCUCAGAGAUAAGAGACGUUCCAGGAUUAUCGCCGUUGGUGAGAUAGUACGGAGAGUAUUGAACGCCGUCGAAAUCAAAUGUCUCGCGAGGAAUAAACGAUUGAACCGGAACGGUAGAAUGAGACGGAUUUGCUCCAAAUGGCACCGGAAUAGGUGGAUCAGGGACUGAGGUAGCCGGAAUAGGCCGAGAAGCUCGAGUCGCGGAUGUCGAAGCACGAGCUGCUCUCCUCGUCGAAGAACGAAGCGUAACCAUCUUGAAAUAAAAGAACGGCGGAAUGAUCGGAAUGCGACGGAGAUGAAGAAUCCGCCGGAGAGAUAUCCGAUCGAUGAGAAUGAGCUAAGAGAAUCCGAGAAUCGAAUCGUUGAUGGUGAGAUCAACGCUCUGAUACCAUAUUACUGUUUUGAGAUCAUCGAAGAAGAAAGUAAUCUUCAUUCAUUUUCUGUUACAAAGUUAGUUACAACGGAUCCUCUUUAUAGAUAGAGUGAACCGGAUCAUCAGUAUUAAACCGGAAUCAAUCACAAUCGAUUGAACCAGCUAAACCGAAAAACAGUCUAAUACUUUGAUACUCCAAUACUUGCGGUACAUAGUUCUGAGAGCGUGUUUCAUCUUCUUCCUUAAAAUCCGAAAGGCUACCAGUUACAUAUUCAUCUUCUUAAAGUCCUUAUCAAAUCCAUCACCCACGAUCUACGAUCUUCCCUCAUGCAAGGAGGUGGAACUCCUGAAUUUUGAGUUCAUUUGGUUUCAUUUUAGAUGUGGAUAUGUUUAUUCACGAUUUGCGUUUGUGAUUCCUUUUUUGUUCACAGUGAUUGGAGAGCUGUUUCAUUUAACUUCGAUAUGUGACAGUGAAAACAAUUGCGGCUGUAUCAACAUUGAUGAAGGAGUUCCCGUGAUCGGAAUGGAGUACAAACUGUCUCAGGUGUUGCAGUUCUCUUGGUCAUCAUUGAAAAAGUCAGGGUCUAACUUACCAAGAGAUUGCUAAAAUUCCCUUAGGAGAAGGAUCUAUGAGACAUGGUCAGGUCCUGGAGGUUAAUGGGGAGAAAGCAAUUGGCCAGGUUAAUGAUUCUUAUGUUUUACUUUAAGUUUAUGUAUGGUGUGGAGUCACGGGUGCCUUCUAAUGUUAAUCCUAAUCUGGCUGCAGGUAGAGGAGUCCCAAAGGUUAACAUAACAAAAAACUGCAUUGUUGAUUGUUCUCAAUCAUUCACUAUGGUAAAACAUCUACCAUUACCCUUAACAAAGUAGCUGUUUCUGUUGAAGGCGUUGAAGCCAAACUAUGGCAGGUACCAGAGCCGCUUCCAGAAGAAGCACUCUCUAAGAUGAGCACACCACCAAAGAGUGAAUCACCAAUCAUCACACCUAACGACCUAGCUGAAGCUGAUGGGUUCGUCUUUGGAUUCCCAACAAGGUACGGCAUGAUGGCUGCUCAGUUCAAAGUCUUCUUGCACGCUACAGGUGGACUCCAGAGAACUCAGUCUCGCGGGUAAAACAGCUGGAUCUUCUACAGCACUGGCUCUCAAGGUGGUAGCCAAGAAAGCACUGCGUAAGUUCCCAUGAAACCAUGAGAGUCAUGUAUGAGCCGUAGUUUGUCAAUAAUAAAGUAGAUGUUUUUUUCUCAAGUCAUGUUCACGCAUACGUGAGGUCAGUAAGUACACAAAACUUUAGCUAUUUAUGUCUCCGUUUAAACUAUAGAUUAUGACAAUUUUGAGCUUCUGCGAAGCCAUGAACUCAUAUCAAACAUAGCAGACACCAUGGUUAAUAACAUUUCCAGUCCACUAAAAGAUCAAUCUGCUCAUGUCUACAUCAUUUGUGAUGGAGGAAACAUUGAAGGAUUUGCUACCAAGUCAGCUAUAUAAUAAAGGACUUAUGGUCAUUGCAAACAACCUUUUUAUUAGAUUUUAGAUGUGUUAAUGAUUUCUGCAGAAUGACUGAGCCUCAGCCUAAGUACUCUACCACAGAGAAGCAAGUUUUAGACAUGCUAUAAUCUCGAUAGAGAAAUUUACAUAUGCGCAGUAUGGAUGGGACAGGAACAAUAUACGUAGUCAAGGCUGGCACCAUGUGAUUUUACAACUGGUUAUGGCGUCCUGAUGGUGAUUCGACUUCUUUUUCUUGAGAUACUCAAUAAACAUAUCAGUUGCAACAUCUACAAUUUCCUCUCAUAAGAAACUCGAACAGAGACAAAUAUAUACAAAUAUAACAGCGGCUGAUAACAGAGACUGACUGCUAAUGGUUCUGAGUCAUUCCCACUGCACAAAAGAACAAAAAAAAGCCAAGUUGAAUAAUAAGAAACGAACCAUCCAUACAUUACGUAAGACAUAGAAGAUAUACUUCGAAUUUACAAAACCAUUUAACGUAAUAAAAAUACAAUAAAAGAGUAGAUAUAGUCGUGCACUGAAAAAAAUCUAAAUAGAUGUCAAGAACCCAAAAAAUAUCUAGAUUUAAAGAAAGAAACACACAACAAAAUAAUACUCAACCAAGCUUUGUUGUUGUUGAUAUUACUCUUCACGCAAUCAUCUCUAACCAGUGAUAUGUUUCAUCUGCACUAAACGAUUGAACCACUGAAAAGAGAACAUCCGAUAUCAGCAUGAAAGUGGAGAAGGGAAUGGUAGCAAACAAAACAAACAGUGUAACCUAUAGGAUGAAACAAAACUAAAACCAAGACGACUUGGAUGAAUGAGAACAACAAAAACUAUAGAGAUAAUAUAUUUGUGUCAUACUGUAGUUGUAAAAUUAAUAAUAUAUUUUAGAAUAAAAAUACUAAUAAAUAUAAUUAUUAUUAUGUGUAACAACGAUAGUAACCAAACCAAUCUAACUUUUGAUGUAAGAGAUCUAAUGUAAAAAAUCAAUUUGUACACAAUACAAAAUAUUAAAUAAUAUAUAUAUUCAUAUAAUUAAUUCAAUUAAUUAAAAAAAAGAGGGUCAAAAUCAUGAUAUACUAUAUUUACUAUUAAAAUUUUGGACUGGAAAAGAGCAAAUUACUAUUAAAAAGUUAAAACACAUGAUAAAAUAAACCAAAACAAUAAAACUUUAAAGAUCUACACAUUUUAAAAAAUAUGGCUAAACUAAAUAGAAAAUAAGUCAUACAAAUUUAUAAAAAAAAUUAUAUUAUUUCAAUAUAUAUAAAUGAAAGAGUUCAGAUUAACCAUUUCAGAAAAUGACAAAAAUAAGAAGUUGUACCCUUGAGAACAAGUAACUUUGUUCUGUAUACCCCACUAUGCGGAAUUCUUGAUUAACUAAUACAGUAAUACUAGGUGUUUGCCCACAAUUUCACGAAUGAUAAUAUUAUAUGAAAAUUACAUGAUAUGUUUAUAAUGAUGUAUUUGUUGAAUAAUAAUUAAAAAUAUUAAAAAAUUAACAUUAAUAAGUUGAUAUUCAAAAAUUUCAGUAUCUAUUUUUAGAAGAGCUGGGAAAUUUAAGAUAAUUACAUAAAUAUAAGUCGCUAAAAAUAUUUUUCUUAAAUGUAAGUAUUAUUACAAUUGGUUCAAAAAUUGGUUGUUAAUACCUUUUUGUUUAUUUAACACGUGGAAAACGAAAACACUCUUACCUAUUUUUGUGUAGUUCCAGGAAUAUGGUUAUAGGCUUAUAUAGCUCUGGCUUCUUCGUUAAUGAUUUGUUUUAUUUAUGUUUAUAUAGAUCUAAUGUAAAAAAUCAAUUCAUAAAUAAUAGUAUAAAUAUAUAUUUUAAAUUUACACAUUACGAAAUAUUAAAUAUAAUAAAUAUAUUCAUAUGAUUAAUUCAUAUCAUAUGAUUAAUUCAUAUUAAUUUAAACAAAGAGGGUCAAAAUCAACAUGAUAUACUAUAUUUACUAUUAUAAAUAAUUUAGGCUGGAAAACAGAAAUUAUUAUUAAAAAGUUAAAACACAUGAUAAAAUAAACCAAAACAAUAAAACUUUAAAGAUUGACAUUUUUUUAAAAUAUGGCUAAACUAAAUAGAAAAUAAGACGUAUGAAUUUAUAAACAAAAAUUAUAUUAUAUAUAUAUAUAUAUAUAUAUAUAUAUAUGAAAAAGUUCAGAUUAACCAUUUCUGAAAAAAAAAUGACAAAAAUACGAAUUAAUACCCUUGAGAACAAGUAACUUUGACCAGUAUACCCCACUCUGCGAAACUCUUGAUUAACUAACACUAGGUGUUUGUCCGCGAUUUUGCGGAUGAUAAUAUUAUACGAAAAAUACAUGAUAUGUUUGUAAUGUUAUAAUUGUUGAAUAAUAAUUAGAAAUACUAAAAAUUAAACAUUUAAUAGUUUGAUAUUCAAAAAUUUCAGUACCUAUUUUUAAAAGAGUUGUGAAAUUUAAAAUAAUUACAUAAAUAUAAGUAGCUAAAAAUAUUUUUCUUAAAUGUAAGUAUUAUUACAAUUGGUUCAAAUAAUUGGUUGUUAAUACCUUUUUGUUUAUUUUAACACGUGUAAAACAAAAACACUUUUACCAUAAAAAUGUAUUUUUGUGUAGUUCCAAGAAUAUGGUUAGAGGCUUCUAUAGCUCUGGCAUCUUCGUUGAUGAUUUGCUUUAUUUAAAUUUCUUUAAUUUGUUUGAUUGUUUCCAUUUAUUUUAAAUUUGACAAAAAAACUAAAUUGUUUUUAUGUAUAUUUUUCAAAACAAAAGUUUCGGGUAUGACUAAAAAUUCUAUUUUAUUUUAUAUGUGAAUAAGGUAUUAAACAAUCUUAACAUUUAUAAACCAUUCACGCCCAAACAUACGUUAAAACCAUCAAAGUUGUUAUAUACACCUCUUACAAAUCAUCAUAAAACACAUGAAAAUAUACAAUAAUAUGGUUAUAUAUAUCACACGACCAUCAAAUCUUGCGCGUGGCGCAGGACUACCCUAGUUGAAAAUAUUUUAUGGCUUCAAAACUUAAAGAAUUGCUGAAUCAUUUUAUUGGUUAUCAAAAUUUACAGAUUUAAGUAUUCAAAAUAUUACACAUUUAUAAAAUUAUAUAUGUAUAUGAAAUAAAGGUUAUUUACCUAUACUUCAAAAAACAAUUCAAAAUCAAUCAGAUGAUAUAUAAGAAAAUAUAUAAUAUACAUAAGAUGAUAGAACUUUUUUAUUUUAUUCAAUGUAGAGUAUUUUAAAUUUUAAGAAAGAUUUAAACAUGGUUACGAAAAGACUAAUAGAUACAUUUAAUAUGUUAACAUAAAUUAAUGAUAUUUCAAACAAAAAAUUAUAUCAAAACAAAUAAAUGAUAUAAUAUUAAAAUAACUUAUUUUUAAAAAAUAAAUCUAAAGUUAAAUAUUUAUAGACAAACAAACCGAGCGUGGCGGGGUAAAAUCUCUAGUGUUACUAAUUGUGAAUGAUAAGAGCGACUAUUGACAUUGAUGAGUAUUGUAGUGUUGGUAAUGUAACAUGUGGGGUUAGUAAUUUGGUUAAUUUUGGGAACGAUUUUGAUGCUACAUGAAAUUGAUAAUACUAACUUAAAUCGUGGCUGGUUUAAAUGAAUAAUGAUUAACCAAAUUAAUAGAGUUGAUUCCAUUAUAUUUAAGUUAAUCAAACUUAAUUUGAAUAGAUCCAAAAUUUAAAUGACAACUUUACAUCACUAGAUAAAAAUAUAUGACUGUAAAUUAAUAUGAGAACUGUAUAUCAGUAGAUAAAAAAGAACUCUAAAUUAUUAUUUCAACAAAAUAAAUAUUUAUUAAUAAAAAUUAAUAUAUUAUGUGAAAAUGCAUAAAGUGUUUGACAUGUUAUCUUUUUAUGAGAAUGAUUAUGAAGACGACACGUCAACUAUUUCUGUUCGAAUUAUUAUGGUAACGACUCAUCAACAUUUCCCCCUCAAAAUGCUUCUCAAAUAAUAAAGGGACAAUUGCUAAAAUAGAACGAAAAAUAGUCUAUUUGUCCCUUUAGCAUAAAACAUAGUUUUCUGUCCAUUUUUUGACACAAUUACUCCUUCUAUUUUUCAAACUUGAUGAAUAAAUAUUUUUAGGAAUACAAAAUUAUAAAAAUAGAAAAAUUGACGAAAAACUCAUAUACAUAAACUGGUAUGUUUUUUAUUGUAAAUGUUGUUAAAUUAAUUUUUUAAUUUAUAUUCUGCGGAAAGAAGAUUUCUUCUUCUACGAAAAAUGACAUGAUAGGAAUUGAACUCCACGUUAAACAAGUUAUUUUACUUUCUCUAGAACCAAUAAUCUACUUUUAAAUAAAUUUCUAAAUAUGAGAAAUGUGAUGUGUACACAUAAUAAAUGUAAAUACAUUUAUUCUGAAUGCAUCUUAUACUUGUAUGAGCAAUUCUAAAAUUAUAGGUAUACGAAAUCUAGACUCAAUUCAAAGGGCUACACAUGGUUAUGUUCUGUACACAGUGUACAAACUAUAUUCUACAGAAAAAAUAAUCAUAUUUCAAAGAAUAUUAAAAAUAAAAUUUUUAAUUUAUUUAAAAUUAUAUUUAAGAAUAUAUAUAUGUAUAUAUUUAAAAUUAUAAUUUAGAUAGAUUUCAUUUAUUUCUUUUGGUUAAGAUAUAUUAAAUUAAAUUCUAUAAAAUUAAAAAUAUGAUAUAAAAUUAUAUAAUUAUCAAAAAUAAAACUAAACAGAACUCAUAUAUUAAAGUGAUUUGGGGAUUUUUUUCCCCUUUUACUUUUUCUAUCUAUUUAGAUUUGUUUUAAUUAGAUUUUGACUUAAUUUGUUUUUAUUUUCUUUCUUUUUUGUCAAAAUUCGUUUUAGUUUUUAACUUAUAUUUAAAAGUGAGUUUUAAUGUUUUUUAAUUAGAUUGGAUAUUUUAGCAUAUAUUAUAAUAAAUGACUAAUUUAGGUUGAUUUUAUACUAAGGGGACAAAAAGUGUGUUUUUAUUCAAUAUUGGAAAAUUUUCCAAUAAUAUAUAGGGGACUUUAUCAUAGAUGUCAAUUGUUCAUGGAACACUUUUGCUUACAUAUAUUUCCAAUUGAGGUAACAACAUUUGUUUUUAUUCCAACUUUCUUUAUUUUGAUGACCCCUAAAUUAAGAGUUAAGUGAAACAAAAGUUUAUGACAGGAGUCAUUCAGCACUGAACAUAAUAUUUUGGUUGACUUAACAUUAUUUAGUUUGGUAACAUAUUCUGUAAGGAAAAGAAAAUGGAAACUUUUUAAUCGAUUUAUAUACUUUACAUACUCUAUUUCAUUUUCAUUUUGAAUGGUAAUAUUCAAUAUGUUUCUUUUUGCAUUCAAUAUCAUAUGUUUGACUUAUAAUCAGAACCAUAGAUUUUGAGAUGUAUACAGUUUAUAAGUGCUCAAACUGAAGAAGGCUGACCACAUACACAUACUUGCAUUAGUGCUUAGGAGUUGGUGCUUCCAAAGUUUUGAGGAAAAGAAAGCAUAUAAAGUAUGGCAAAAACCAACCGUGGUGAGCUUAAGAGUACCAAUGACAGUGAGCUUCCUUGGACGGCGAAAGGUAGCAAAAGUUUAACAAGGCGUGAUGAGAAAGCAAUUGUACGAGUUGCAGACUCAGAUGUUGAGAACAAAGACAAGAGUUCAUCAGGAACAAUGGCAAAUGAGUCAGAGCCUGGAAAGCUUCUAGGUAAGCAUGUUCCAAUGAAGAAGCGCGAAAUGAUGGUUGCCUCCCCCUCACCAAGAAAGUCAUGUGGUCGACGUGGAAUCUCAGAACAUAGGCAGGAGAUCAACCAUGUUUGGAAGUUAAACCCAAAGAAUGAUAGCAGUGGUCCUGACUUUUCUGGUAUUGCGUUACUUGCGGACGCUGUGUGUAAUUUGAGAAAUGAUCUUGCACCAGCUGUUGACCGUCUGCCUUCUGAAGAACCUGUUGUUCAGCAGCAAGAUGGCUCGACCAUAUUUCCCCAUGCGGUUGGUUCCACAGAUCAGGUGGGGCGAGGCAAAAAGGAUAAUGUAGCUCCUGAAAAGUCUUCACUUGAUUUGGCUGAGAAGGGCAUAGCGAGCGUAGGAGGGAUGAUAAUAGCUACUAAGGGAGCAAGUGAAAGUGAAAAUUUUGCACCUGAUAGUGGAGUUGUCAUAAAGCCAGAUAAAUCAUCGGUCAGUGAACCCACUGAGAAAAAGAAUUUAAGGUUACACUGGGACUUAAAUGUUUCUAUGGAUGCUUGGGGUCCACCUUGUGAUGUAGAACAUGAUGCCUCUGAAAAAGAUGUGAAGGGAGCAAUCACAAAUCCAAUGCCUCCUAGAGUGAGCCAACCUAUUGAUGGGUUUGUUGUAUCAGCUGGGCAAGAAAAGGUUUCAUCAGCAUGUGGUCCUAAGACUGAAGCAGCUGCUAUAAAUGGAAAUAAGUUCAAAUCUGGUUAUAAUUCCCCGCUUGAGGAUGGAGAAUUAAGGGAGCCAUACCGUAGGGGGGAAAAUAAGGUUGAAGAUGAAGGAUUCUACUCUAUGGCAGAAAAUAAUGACAACAAGAUGAAUGAUUCUGGUAAGGGAAUCUUGGCAGAGACUAAGCUGGGACCAUUAGAGCGUAAAUCUCAUGAUGCAUUGAGAAUUGGAGAGGCUCAUAACAGAAGGGACGUAGAGAAGAAUGAUGUGGCUCGCAUGAAUAAUUUGCAUGUUAAGAAGAGGUCUUCUUCUUCUUCUUCAAGGAGGUUUGUGUCGAGACCAUCUAAGGAGUUGCCUUCGCAUGAUGUCAUCCCAAGGACAAGGCAAGUUUUUUCUUUCCAUGCCUCAUCUUUAGGUAAUUUUACUUUUAAAUAGUUCAUUAUUAACCUAGUAAUGGUCCUUUUUGUUUCAGAUCUGAUGAUAAUGA